AUGAGUAAUGUUAAACCAAUAACACCACUUACACAAAUUAAAGCUAAUGGUAAUAACACUGUAGCCAUAGGUUUUGUUAGUGGAAGUUUAGCUUCAAUUUGUGCUACAACUGUUACAAAUCCUAUUGAAUUAGUUAAAACUAGAUUGCAGUUACAGGGCGAAUUACAAUUAUCAGCAAGAAUUUAUAGUGGUGUAGUGGAUGCAUUCAAAAAAAUAUAUAGAACCGAAGGUUUGAGAGGAUUACAAGGCGGCUUGUUUCCUGCUUAUUUAUCACAAGCAACAAUGCAAGGUAUUAGAUUGGGUAGUUUUGAUGUAAUAUCUAAUGCAUUAGGGGCAAAUCCAGGUCAAGACUAUUUUUUUAUUAAAAAUUUAAUCAGUGGCGCAACAGCAGGUGCAAUAGGUGCCGCAAUGGGGUCUCCAUUCGAUUUGGUUAAAGUGAGAAUGCAAGCUGCUAAAAUGUAUGCAAACGAUCCUCAAUUUACAAAUUAUACAUCAUCAUAUUCAGCAUUCAAACAAAUUCUUUCAAAAGAGGGUGUCAGAGGUUUAACUAGAGGUAUGGCCACAUCAUCUCAAAGAACUGCUGUUGGCUCAGCAAUUCAAUUAUCAACUUAUGGUUCCUGUAAAAACCUUGUGCUUAACUUCGUAGAGGAAGGUAUUUACUCUCAUUUACUUUCAAGUUUGGUUGCAGGUUUCUUUGUUACUGUUGGUAUGAAUCCUUUUGAUGUAGCCAGAACCAGAUUAUAUUAUCAAGGUAAAGGUAACACCCAUGGUGAAAUCUAUAAAGGUUUAAUGGAUUGUAUUGUUAAAACUACCAAGAAAGAGGGAUUUAUGGCAUUAUAUAAAGGUUUUUGGGCUCAUUAUAUUAGAUUAGGACCACACACAGUUUUGACUCUUGUAUUUUGGGAACAAUUUAAAAUCUUACUUUCAAAAUAA